CAUAAGUCCACGUCGCUCCAGCCCAGGCGCAUCGAAAGCAAGCAACAUCGAAACCCGCUCCCACGUAGGACCAGCCCCUUAGUAGGCGAAAGAACAAGAAAAGAUAUCAGUACAAUUGCCUUGGGCAGAUGAUGGCUUGAAUGGCGUCAGACACGGAAGCACAACACGAACAACAGCAGGAGGAGCAGCGGGAGCUCGCUCUCAACGGCAACGCCGAAGGAGAAGUAAUGAAAAAUGGCAACGAGCUACCUCUACGACCCGCGACGCCAACGACCAAGCCAACCACCGCCGCGCGCCCACCGCAAGCGCAACCAUUAUCUUCCGACAACGACGACGCAGGUUCCUCAGACAACGCCCCAGGCACCAGCUCAGCAGACAUCUCCCAAGACGACGCCUCGUCCGAGCUAGUAACCUCCCCAUCAGUGACGUCCCCUCCAUACUGGGCGCACGGACAUAGCCAACCAAACGGUCUUGGACGAACACGGCACGCAAGGACCGUGUCAAGCGCGUCGGCGGAAAGCGAUCUGCCACCGGGAGCCAUCACGCUGCAGGAUAACGAGCACGACGACGGGCCGGACGGGGCGAACGUGUACGGACGGGACCGCAACCGGGCGUGUUGGGCGAGAAACGUGGAUAUUGUCGAUUAUAUACUGGUUAAUGGGGGGACGGCGAAUAUUGGGGCGUUUGUUGUUUGGAAUAUUCGGGUUGAGACUUUGAAUGGCUCGCGAAUGAACAUAAGAAAGAGAUACUCCGAGUUCGACGGUCUCAGGAAACGGCUCGUCCAGACCUUUCCCAAUUUCGAGGCCGCUGUACCUCCAAUACCUCCCAAGAGCAUCCUGCACAGAUUUCAACCAAAGUUUCUCGAGAAAAGGAGGGCGGGGCUGCAGUAUUUCUUAAACUGCAUUCUACUCAAUCCAGAAUUCUCUGGAUCUCCUGUUUUGAAGGAGUUUCUCUUCUCAUGAAGAUAACGAUAACGAUAAAAGGGAAAAUGCGCAAGAGAUGAUGAACGAACUCUACUACUUUCGACGAGGUAAUGGUAAUUUGUGAAUGAUUCCUGGAUCAUGGGUAAUGCCUAGGUAGUUAUGACGACGAUGACGGUGGCG